AUGGCCACAUCAUGCAUCGGUGUAUUCACCAACGCCCGGCCCUACCUCCUUGGUGUCUCCACCGCGCAGAUGAAACUCGACUUUGCACUUACAUUCCUGACAAAAGCUGAAGAGCAAGUCAAGCGCGACGAGCUUUCGGUGUCUCAUGUCAAUGAUGUCUUGGCUAUGCUUGCUGAGCGACUAGACACCCACAAAGCACUGCAAGAGCGCGUCGCGCAGUCUUCAUUUCUCUCGUGGCUUUGGUAUGCCAAUGACGCCGAACUCACGCAACAUGUUGAGAAAUGCCGCGAUACAUACGAGCUUGCGAUGUCGUGCUCCAAUGCGGCGGAAGGAUAUGGGCAACAGAACGUCCCCGGACAAUCCGAGGCGCACGAUCCUUCUACGCGGGCACAGAGAGAGGCUUCUUACCGUGCGCCAGCUAACUCGCCUAUGGUGACCCUCGGGGCGUUCGCACGCAUUGGAACCCUGCAUAUACAGCUGGGUAAUGAUAAUUGCGGCCCUAUCCUUAUAGCAUCGCAGAGGGUAUCUAGAAAGCAGUCUGAGAAUCAGCGUUGCCAAGAGUCGGAGUAG